CAUAAAUUAUCGUACUGGUACAGUACACUCCAUUCACCGGGGAGAAAUCCUUCACCACCACGACCAACAUCUCCCCCCGCCACCAGCAGACGGAAUAUGCCACCCAAAAAUCAUAAACACCAAAAACGUCGGCGUCGACCCCUAAUAAACCCAACGGGCCCAAAGACCUCCACAACUCACCUGAAAAAGAAAGUCCGCGACCUCCAGCGCCUCCUAAAUAACCCCAGCAGUUCCCUACCAGCCGAUGUCAGGCUAGAAAGCGAACGCGCUCUAUCAGCCUUCCAAUCCGAACUCUCGUCAGUCCAAAGCGCGGCGAAAGAGAGGAGAAUUGCGAAGCGAUAUCAUAUGGUUCGGUUUUUCGAGAGACAAAAGGCUACGAGGAAAUUGCGCAAAGUGGAGAGGGAGCUGGAGAAGGUAGGGGGUAAAAAUGGGAUGGCGGAGGCAGAGAAGAAGGUUUACGAGGCUAGGUUGGACCUUAAUUACAUCAUGCAUUACCGCCCCGGGGAAAAGUACAUUUCCUUGUUUAAGGAUGCGGGGGUGAUGCGGGAGAAGAGAGAGGGGAUUCGCAGGGAGGUUGAGAGGCGGAUGGCGAGAGGCGCGUUGGGGCAGAGUACUAUGGAUUUUGAUGAUGGGGGGGAUCAGGAGGAGGGGGGUGUGGAAUUGAGGAGCGGUGGAGAAGGGGAGAGGCUUGAGAGGAGGGAUAAGAGGGGCGGGAGGACAGAGAAGAAGGAUAGGAGGGGCAAGAAGCGGGACGGGUCGAAGAAUGCCCCAGGAGAGGAAAAGAAGUUGGAGGAGCUGGAUGACUUUUUCGAGUUUUAACCUCCCGUGCCAGUUUCAUAACGCUCACAGAUAUCAUGCAUGGUGGGGCAACAUGUGAAAAAAUCAGGGGGACUGUUCUUG